UAAAUUUUGAGCUUGACGUUGGCAAUCCGCAAAUUUUUAGGUUAGGUUUUAUUUGACAAGUAAAAGUUUGAACUUUGUCAUAACUUUGUAAAAAUAUUAGUACCUAUAUAGAACUUUAAAUUUUUUAUAAAAUGGGUAAACUUAGUUUACAAAUCAAGGCUACGCUCGAAGGAAUAGAAGAAUUAUAUACGAAUCAUCCUGAUUACAACUUCCUGCUCAAAUUGAAAUGUACAAGCUGCGGGGAAGAAUCCAACAAAUGGCAUGACAUCUCAGAAGCGCUAACUUUUCCAGGAAAAACAGGAAAAUCGGAGAAUAACUAUAUUGCCAAGUGCAAGCUCUGUAGUCGAGAGAAUUGUCUUGAUAUUGUUCCAGGAUCUAAUGGAAAAUACACCAAUGAAGAUUCAGGAAAGUUUAAAACUAUUGUUUCUUUUGAAUGCCGUGGUAUAGAACCCUUUGAAUUUGCUCCCAGUGAAGGAUGGAUUGCUAAAGUUGAGGAAAGCAAUAAAAUCUUUGAUAAUAUAAAUUUGACUGAGAAAGAAUGGGUAGAAUAUGAUGAAAAGAGUCAGCAGUCUGUAGGUGUAUAUGAAUUCGAAUCGAAGUUUGUUCCUUGCAAAUAAAUGUUUUUAAAGAGCA